UUGGCGGUAGAGGUGGGGAUGGAUGCAGAGGCGAGGGAAGAACCCAGCUUCCUUUUUUAAGAAUCAGUGUGAGCAAGGGAGCAGAGCCACGUUAUUUUAGGGAGACUCUGUCGCACUCCCCCUCCCCCGGGUAGGUAGCGUCUGGGAUGUGUGCACCCUGUUCGUAGUCUCCCAUGGAGAGACGCUGGCUGCUGCAGCCCGCAGUAACCCGACCCCGCCGGCGCAGUGACUGAAGAGGCGCCGGGGACAGCGGCGAGUGGUGAACAAAAGCCCUCGGCGUGGGGGCCGGAGCCCGGACCUGGGGGACUCCAACAAAGGACGAGGCUCAGCUAUGGUGGACCCGGUACCAGAAGAGGAGAAAGAGGGAGCGGAGCCCGGUGGCUCAGAAGGGGAUGAGGCCACAGCGUCGGUGCCCCCCGAUGCCCAGGGAGCCCAGCAGCCUGCUGCCUCCUCGGCCUCGGCCUCCGCGGCGGCGCCUCGCAAAGUCGAGGUCCCCUGCGGGGCAGAAGGUGGGCGUCGAGAGCAGUCUCCACUGUUGCACCUCGAUCUCUUCAACUUCGCCUGCCCGGAGGCAGAGGGCAGCCGCUACGUCCUGACCAGCCCCCGCUCGCUGGAGGCCUGCGCCCGCUGUGCCGUCAAGCCCGUGGAGCUGCUGCCUCGGGCCCUGGCCGACCUGGUGCGUGAGGCCCCAGGCCGCUCCAUGCGCGUGGCCACCGGCCUGUACGAGGCCUACGAGGCGGAGCGCCUGGCCAAGCUGCAGCAGUGCCGCGCUGAGCGCGAGCGCAUCAUGCGCGAGGAGAAGCGGCGCCUGUUCACGCCGAAGGGUCCAGCGGCAGCCCCGGCCUCCGCCUCGGCCUCGGCGCUGAGCGCGGGCAGCAGCAGCAGCUGCAGUAGCAGCAGCAGCCUCCCGGCCUCGCCCGCCUCGCGAGUUGCUCGCAGGACUUCUCCCAGUCCCCCUGCCAGGAGCCAGCCUCCGCCCGCGGGUUCUCGGACAGGUAGGAAGAGCCACUCGCUGGACUCGCUCUCCCGCCGGCGGGACGGUGCCCUGAGCUCCGAGUCCGGCGCCUCGUCGUCGUCCUACAGCGGGGAGAGCCUUCGGGAGCUUCGCUGGCCACCUCGAGCUUCAGCCAGGAACAGCUGCCCCGCGGGCUCGGCGUCCUCUGCACCUAACCCACUAGGCCGCCCUUCGGCCCUUGCUCUGGUUCCACUCACGGCCCGCAGCUUCAGCCUCGGAGACCUGAGCCACUCGCCGCAGACCGCUCAGCAUGUGGAGCGCAUCGUUCGCCAAGUGCGCGCUGAACGAGGCCUGCGCGGGGUACCCGAGCGCGACCGUAAGAUCGCCGCCCUCAUGCUGGCCCGGCACCAGGAAGAGCGCCUGUUGCUGGAGCAGCGCGCUGCUGCCCACGGCCAGUGGGAGCAACAGCGCGUGCGCGCCGAGCAGCGGCGGGAGCGCGAGGAGCGCGAGAAGCAGCGCGCGCUGGAGCAGGGCCGCCGGGCUUGGGCGGCUCAGGUAGAGGAGCGGCGCGGCCGCCGGGGUCGGGAGGAGCGCGAGGCCGCGCGGAGGCGGCAGCAGCAGUGCGAGCGCAGCGAGGAACGGCGGCGGGAGCUGGCGGAGCGCCAGGGUCUGCUGCGGCGGGAGCGGGUUGAACGCGCCGCGCGUGACGACCGGCUGCGUAAGCUGCAGCAGGAGCAGAACCUAAAGCAGAGGGAGGAGGGCCUGCAAGAGGGGCGGGAGCGCGCCGAGCUGGUCCGCAGGGAGCGCGCCCAGCGAGCGGCGCGCGCCAGACAGAAGCAAGAGGGCCAGCUGCAGCGCGAGAAGCGGGAGCUGAGCCGGGCCGAGCGGGCGCGCCACGAGGCGCUGCUUCGAGGCCGAGUCCGGCAGCAGCAGGAGGAACGGGAGGGCCUGCGGAGCUCCCUGGAGGCCAGCUUGGGCCGCGCGCAAGAGAACUAUGAGCAACUGCAGGAGCAGCGCGCCAGGGAGCUGCGGGAGCGCGCGCGGAGAGAGGAGCUCCAGGGUCGGCGGGCGAAGGAAGCGGCCGAGCGCAAAGAGCGGGAGCAUCAGGCGCACUUGGAGGCGCUGGCACGGGCGGGAGAGCGACGGCUGCAGCACGCUGCGCAAGUGGCCGAAGAGGCGGUGCAGCAGAAGGCCCGGCGCGUGAUUCAGACUCGCCUGGAGAAGGAGAGGGCCCAGCGUGCCAACAAGGAGAAGGUGGAGAGAGACGAAGACUGCCGCCGUCGGGAGUUGCUGCAGGCCAUUGGGCGCAAGCUGGAGCGCAGCGAGCAGCUCUCUCGAGAACGGCGAAGUGCGCUGGAGAGCGCUCGCUCCACAGCCCGGGCCUCCUUCCAUGUGCGGGAAAAGGUGCGGGAAGAGACCAACACGCGCUCUUUUGACCGCAUGGUGCGAGAGGCCCAGCUACAUGCCAGCCUGGACCGCAAAUGACAGCCACCCUGUGCAGGCCAUGCUGCUCUGUGUAGCCAGGAGUGGCCUCCCUUAGUCACUUUGACCAAACUCCAGGCUUCUCCAAUCCUGGUGCCACACCAUGAACUCUCCAGACUAACGAACCAUGAGGCGCUGAGAAGCCAGACAUGGUAUUUUUUCCAUCUGCCGCCAUUGUUUUAUAGACCUAACUUCGUUUGGAAAUGACAUGGCACAAUCUACCCACAUUCACUUGUGUCUUUGGGUUGGAAUAGAAAGUAGCUGGGGAGGGGAAGGGUCCCUGUAGGAGAGAGCACAGAGGCCAAUGUGGGCCUCUCUGUCACAGCUGCCUUGGGCAUCUUUCUAACAUCUGCGUCCAAGACGAUUUAAGUUGCAGCAGCCGAGGGGCUAUCUCCCAGACUCACCUCUAUCUUUGAAAAUACAAGUUGCACAGAACUUAAGUUUCCCAAGAAAGCACAGGUCUUCCAAGAUGUUAGUUCAUGCACAAACGACUACAAAAGCUAUUGCUGAACUGUGACUUGGACACGUGAACAAAUUAUCCUGUUCCCAUAACAUUUUCAGUUGAGUCCCUAGGCUUUCUAGUUAGACAAUCAUCUACAGAUAAUAAUCACUUUUUUCUCCCAAGCGGUGUAGGGAAUGGGUUGGAUCGGCGAGGCUGUUUAGCUUUAAUGGAAGCCCUCCAUCCCCCACCUCCCAGGGGGUGAUGGUUUCCUUAGGCAGCAGUGUUCUACCCCAUGAGGCUUCCAUGGAUGGUGAUGUAUUUCAGUGGAGGCAGUGUCUGAUGCCCACUUCCCUGUGUGGGGCCAGCUCCUGCAGACAGAAGCCAUUGCCUUACGAAGCAGAGCUAUCUUCAGUGCCUGCCCAGGCCAAUCUUGCCUAACGCUCCAGCCUUGAAUACAGUCUGGAGGGUGAGCCCUGGAGUGUGUAGGAUUCCCUCUGUGACUUAGUUCAGUGCUCCGGGGACAAUGUAGGAUCCUUGGCCUCUUGCCUGUGGUGGCUGAAGGGCUAGAAUUGCCUCUGUGUCGAGCUGUGCUAUUGUUGGUAGGGUAUCAACUCUUCGCUGGUAGGGGAGAGCCUUCCCUCUUUAAAUUCCUGGUACCCUCUCACUUGUACCUGAAGUAUUUAAUCACUCUCUUGGUGCCUCACCUUUCCCAUCUGUUAGAUGGGGCCAUCAGAACUCUUCUGGUACCUCAAGGUCUCCUGGAUCCAAAGUAUCACUUCAGUGUUAUUUGUUGGUCUCCUUUGUGCCUUUCUUGACCUGGAGUUGGGAGGCAGGAGGACUGCUGUUAGCCUAGUUUGUUUCUGGUAAUAUGGACUGCUGGCAUUAGGGCAGCGGAUCGCAGACAGAUGGCCGAGUAGCAUCCAAGGUGUGUGUGAGGUGGGGAGGGGUACUUGCAGUACCAAGCCACUCCCUGGUUGAAGGUUCAGUUAUCAGCAAUUUUAAUAUGCCAUAUAAUGCGCCUUUCCCCACUUACAUCCACCUAUCAGCUAUGUCUACAUUACAUCAAGGUCAGGAGUAAAAAACUUACCAAAAAGAAAGGAAUCAGGGUAGAGACGUACUGCGUUAGGUGUGUUUUUGUGUAUAUUCUGCUGGCGGAAUCAUCCCUAAAAUGACUAGCUAUUGCCCACACCCCUCUCAUCGACCCUACCCCACACUAAGAGGAGUCUUGUGUAGAAGAAAACUGUGUUUAGAUGUCACAUAUGAGAUAAUGUGGGACCAGGAAAGGAGCUAUGCACCAAGGCUUGUGUCUUGAGUGGGUGGAUUCUCCCUUAAAUUUCCUCUUUAGUGAGCUGUAAUAACGAACGGUGUUGUGUCUGAGACAGGAGCAUUUAACUAAAAAGUUAAUGUGAUUACAGUCCUUUGAUCUUGUGGUUCCUGGGUUGCUUCUGAAACCUUCAUGGAGAGCUCCACCCUUCAAAGUCCUUACUUCAGAGUAUGAACAUUUGCUUGAGGAGGCAAUCUGGCAUUCUGAACCAAGCACUGGAAAGCACGCGGGCGAUCUCACAUAGCAAUCUCACUGGCUCUCUUCCCCAGGUUGCACGGGGUGAUUUUAGGUUGAUCACCUUUCUUUAGUUCCCACAGGUGUAGCACUGAGAUCAUCAUUCUAAGCUCUGGUGUGUGCAAACUGAGACUGACGGUGACAUUUCUUGUUUCUGUCACUCUGGAACUGCAGGUACAGUUGCUACACACAGGAUUACAUGACUCCUGUGUCAUGUAAUACAUACAGUGUAAUGCACCAUCAUGAUUUAGUGCAGAAGGAACAGUCUUGAGAAGCUCAUUCAGAUCCAGAGUCACAUGUGAUGUAAGGGCCCAGGCCUGAAUGUUACCAAAUUAGACACUGAGAGAACCACUAUGGAAAGAUACAGUUUAGAUUUUUACCCAAAAGUCCAUAUGGCCAAGUAUAAUUAAAUCAGAAUCAGAAUUCAGACAUAGUAACAGUAAGAAAGGGUCCCUUCAAGUUCCAGACCAUCUACUAGGAUACUCUACUAAAGUUGGACAUGGUGGUUCACAUCUAUAGUCCUAACCCUGAGGAUGCUGAAGUAGAUGGAUAAUUUUAUUGAGUCAGCCUGGGCCAGAUAACAAGACCCUGUCAAAACAAAACAGACAAACAAAAAAUGGAAGGAGAACCACCUGUGUAUUUUAAAGAAAUGUUAGUGUUUCUCUCUAAAGAUAAUGAAUGUCCAAAGUCUCUUUUGGGCCCCUAAUUUAAAUUUCCACAGAAGAGAAGUUUUACUUUAUUCUGAUGUGCAGCGAGAGGACAUCGGGGCAGAGCAGAGAUGAUAGAUGGAGAAUUGUCUCCAAACAACAUUCUAACAAGUGUCUAUAAUUGAACAUGCUGAAAUUUCUUGCGAUCUAGGAGAUUCCAACACUGAAGUGGCCUCUGCCUCACAUUUACUCUUGGAACAUUUGCUACUCCAAGAAAGAGAGAGUGAAGUAAUAUGAGAGGGAAUGGGAAGGGUUAGAAAAGCUUUAAUUCAGUUGAAUACCAAGAAAACAAGCCAAAACCAUUCCAGAAGAAAUUAUUGGUGAAGCUAGCCCAACGUUCUGCUGUGGCAGGGACAAGAGUCUACACCCAUCUGGAUCAGAAAAUGGAAAUUUCCUUUUGGAAGCACACAGGCUGGGUUUCAGUGGAACAGUAACAAGGAUUUGCCAAAGGCAAAAGGUCUGCAGGGUAAUGAAGAUAGAGGAAUGUCUUGGUCUAUUUUAUGUUGCUCUAACAUAAUACCCAAGGCUAAGUUAAAAAAUAAAAGAGAUUUGUUGCUGACAGUUCUGGAGGUCUAA